UUUGAUUGCAUGCCAAAAGCUUUAUUCUUAGAUUAAUAUCGCAUAUCGCACCCGGUUUAUAGCCCUGUUUUUGAUACAAAUUUAGUUGUUAAUUAACGUAGUGCUGUAGUUUUAGUUUUGGAUUUACCAUAAAAAUACUUAAAAUGAGCAAACAGAUCAAAUAUCGGAUAGCAACAUCGAAUGAUUAUAAUUCAAUGCUGGAAUUUCUACGUCAACACUAUUAUCCAGAGGAACCAUUGACUCGAGCUACUGAGCCACUGGAACAAGAUUCACAUGAUGAGGAGUGUAAUAUGUCAAACAUAGCCCAUGGAACUUGUGUCAUUGCCGUGGUCAGUGAUGAAAGAGAACAAAUUGUUGGUGUUUUUCUGGCCGGACCGAAAUAUCCCGAUGAGGAGAAGAAAUUGCUAGAAGAAGCUUCCCACAUUCCCAACACAAAAUGGUCAAAGGCAUUGUUAUUUCUGGCGAUGCUUGAAAGAGACUCGAAUGUUUAUCAGAAGUACAAUGUUGAUAAGGCGAUUCAUGGGCAUGUGUUAGCUGUAGAUAAGAAAUUCCGUGGGAAUGGUAUUGGAUUGAAGUUGUUCGAGAAAUCAAUGGAGAGAGCAAAAGAAUUGGGAUUCCCACUUUACAGUACCGAUUGCACCAGUGUAUACUCAGCUCAGAUUUGCGAUCGUUUGAACAUGGAAUGUGUGAAUGUGUAUGCCUUUGCUGAUUAUCGUGCGCCGAAUAGUGAUGAACAGGUGUUAUUUCCUCCCGGGGAGCAUAAACUUGUCAAAACUUACGCUAAGAAGCUGUUGUAACGACUUGAAUCAGUGAAAUAAAAUAAAUUAUAAAACCCACUAAACAUGAAAGUUUGUAU